CCAGGUCAAAAUUUCAUUCCAAAGUUGACUCACGUCAAACCCCAAGACAGCAAUUUUUUUCUCAUUCUCUUUCACGCCACUUGCAUUCAAAUCAAACGCAAAAGACAACCACAAACAACGUUAAUCUAUACUUGAUUAAUCUUAGUCAUCGCAUCCGGCCAUUUUUUCGAUCAUUUACUGAUUCAGCCGGGCAGAGGGAAAGUUGUCUUGUGGUCUCACAAAAAAUUCAACAUCGUCAGGCUGGCGGGCUUAAAAAGUCUCCCAAUUGCUUGGCGCGGCAUCUGCCGGUACCACCACAACGCCCCUCUACAAGCCCUCACACGCCAGAGGACCCGGAUUUUCUCCUCUGCAGCCAUGAAAACCGAGAUAGUAAAAGUCAAGGCGGCCGGAGGCGACGAUGGCCUGGGCCAGUUCCACCAGCAGCAAGCACCAGCGACGGCAGCGGCAGCAGCACCGUCGUCAUCGGCCCAGCCGCGGAGCCCACGACAGCCCCACAGGCUGGACUCGUGGGAGGUGCCAGCCGAGUCACAGCAUCCAGCCAUCGGGGCCCUCAGGCGCGCGGCUGACUACCUGGGCUCCAGUGAUAUACCCGUCGGCUUCCCAACCGAGACGGUUUAUGGUCUCGGCGCAGACGCCACACGCAGCGCUGCCGUCAGGGGCAUCUAUGCUGCCAAGGGUCGGCCGUCCGACAACCCGCUCAUCGUGCACGUGUGUGACCUCGAUAUGUUGCGCGCGCUGCUGUCCCCGGCGUGUGACAGCGGAAACGGGACGAACAGCCAGGCAGUAUCAGAGGAAGCGGCCGAACCAGCGACCACAGCAAACGGCAUGAGCAACAGCAAAACCUCCAUCGAUGACCCGAUCCCCAGCAUCUACCUGCCGCUGAUGGAGCGUUUCUGGCCGGGGCCGCUGACGAUCCUCCUCCCGAACCCGCAGCCGUCGCGGCUGGCGCCCGAGGUAACAGCGGGGCUGCCGACGUUUGGAGCGCGCAUGCCGGCGUCGCCGCUGGCCCUGACGCUGAUCAGGCUGGCGGGCGUGCCGCUCGCAGCCCCCUCGGCCAACGCAUCAACGCGGCCUUCGCCCACGACGGCGCACCACGUUCUCGACGACCUCGACGGCCGCCUCGAGCUGAUCCUGGACGGCGGCCCUUGCGGCGUCGGCGUCGAGAGCACCGUCGUCGACGGCCUGUGCGACCCGCCUGCCGUGCUGCGGCCCGGUGGCGUCGCGAUCGAGGACCUGAGGCGCUGCAAGGGAUGGGAGGGCGUUGUCAGGGCGUACAAGGACGAGGCGGAGCUCGGCAAGUCGGGCAAGAGCGCCGCGCCGCGCGCCCCGGGUAUGAAAUACAAGCACUACAGCCCGCGGGCCAAGGUCGUGCUCUACGAGGCUGGUUUUGGCGGUGGUGCGGAGGGGGAUAGGGUCCGGGAGGAUUUAGAUGCUGGGAGGUUAGUGGUUGGGGAGGACGCGAGGAGGCCAGCGAGGCUGGGCGUGGUCAGGACGAGGUCUUCGGGGGACAAGGCGGGGGAGAGGUCGGUCGAGGAGUAUCAGAUUGAGGAUGGGACGACGGUGCUGGAUUUGCAUCUCGGGAGGGAUCCCAAGGAUGUGGCUCAGGGGUUGUUUUCUGCUCUGAGAGAGCUCGAUACGCGAACGGCGGAUGUGAUAUGCGUCGAGGGCGUUGGAGAUGGGGAUGAUAUAGCCGCGGCGGUCAUGAACAGGUUGCGAAAGGCGGCAACGGAGACAAGGUGAUGCGGUGGGGAGUUGUUAUCUUAAGGGUUGUUUCCCCGGGACUUUUACAAAGGAGAAGGGGUUGGGUGGUUAAUAGACAGACAGUGACCUUGGGGUCACACGAUCUGGCGUAUAGAACAUAGACGGCGCAGGAUAAAGACGCUGAUAUCAACUCAUAUCACUGCAUUGCCGUUAACAUCAUACUAGGACAACAAGAAAUGGUCAUUUAUUGGCUUGCCGUUCUGGGCCAGCCCUUUUAAGCCCCAACUCCCA